ACUCCGCUGUCAAAACUCAGUGCAGGCUCAUUGUUGACAUUUGAAUUUUUUCGAGCUUCGAUCAAGUUGCAAAAGUUUCUUAAUUUUUUGGCUGAAAAUGGAGCAUUUUUCUGCUGAUGAAAUCGACGAAUUCAAGGAAUGCUUCAGUCUCAAUGACCAAGACAGUGAUGGAUUCAUUGGACGAGAAGAGUUAGAAACAAUAAUGAGAUCUCUUGGUGAACCAGUGACGUACAUUGAGAUUAACGAAAUGGUCAARAGAUUUGGAAAGAAUCGCAUCAAGUUUCCUGACUUUCUGAAGUUGAUGGCUGAGCAACGAGCAAAGAAAAGCAAACCUGCAGAGGAAAUUCUUUCAGCUUUUGCAGCAUGCGACAAAAGGAAUACCAAAUCCAUCAGUCGAGCAGAAUUAAAACACUUUAUGGUAGAUACUGGAGAGAAAAUGUCACAACAAGAAUUUGAAAAAAUGAUGAGAGAUUGUGGUAUGGAUCGCACUCAAACAAUCCGAUAUCAAGAUUUUGUACAAGCCUUAACUCAAGUCAAGUAAAGCACUUUAUGUUAGCAAUUUUAACAUCUCUUCGCAGAAGAUAUCACAAAAGCACAAGAAUUUUUAUCAAUCAUUACACUCGUAGUCUGACUUGAAGUUUUGGCUUGCAUGUCAGUCCUGUACUGAUCUUAAAGAGUUCAAUUUUAAAAGCACACACACACAGGCAUUCAAUCAGGUUCAAAGCAUAUCAUAGAAGCCGAGACUGAAAGGUAUUCUGGUGAAAUGACAUUAUUAUCCUCUGCUGUGUUCAUCUGAGAUACACAGUCGAUAUGAAAAAUCUGUUAAAAGCCUUCAUGCUCUCUGUCAGUCCAAUGUAUCAACAUUCCACAAGUUAUAUCACUAGAUACAUCUGAUAGUCAUUUUUUCAUAUCAUAAAUACCGCUGUGAUUUGAGAGUGAAGACUCAUCUCCGCAGGCUUAGCCUCGCUUAAGAGUAAAUCAUUUGCAAAUGCCAACAUUAAUGUAAAGAAUGUGCAGCUUGAACAAUACCAAUGUUUUGAAAUCCCAAAGACUUUCAGYGGUAUCUGUGAAUAGCUGACUUAUAAACGAGGCUAAGCCUGUGCAAAUGAGUCUGUAGUCUUCAAAAACAGCAGUAUGCAUCGAAUGUGAAACUGGUGUAUUAUGUACUUCCCUUGUACCAUUUUGGUCUCAGAUUCUAUGUUUUCGAGCCAGACAAAGAUUUUACAAUUGAGUAGACACCUUUAGAUAACAGGUUAAAUAAAUGUCUUGGUAAACAGGUAUGGAUAAUGUAGAUAGAAUGAGAGACAAGUGCAAUAGCAUGCUACCUUUAAGUCCUUGAUACAAUGCAUCAUGGGAUACAAGGGGUAGAGUUCUGCAGCAUCUAUACCAUAAAUCCUGACUGGUUUUAUCUAAACAAAUGAAACCUUUUAAGGUAUUUUACCUGGAAUUAAUUCCUUGUUUCAAAAACAAUGUAUUUUAGAAAAAGAUAUUCAGUAACUUAAAUAUGUAAAAAAACUGCAAUACAAUAAUAAACUGCAACUAU